AUGAACAUGCGACGGCAUGGCGAUGACGACAAUGGCGACGAUGAUCCCCGGCCUGGCUGUCAUAACGUGCCUUAUGGCGGAAAGAAGUCGCCGAGUGAUUGUUGGGCUGACAAGAUGAUGAAGAAGCUUUUCAAAGUGUUCAAGAGGAAGAAGAAGGAUGACGAUCACGACAAGGAACGUAAAGAUGAACGCGACGACGAAGGUGAUGGAGGGGACAGGCUGAGGAAUAGUCAGCUCCGCGAAGCAGCUUUCAACGGAAAGUUAUGUAAGAUCGCACAGCAAUCAGGCGAGGAGGGAGGGGAAGGAGACGUUACGGUCCUGCGACAGCUACUGGACGCCAAGGCAAACAUCAACAGCCCCAACCGCACUGGGCAGACAGCACUGCACUUUGCUGCUGCAAGAGGGAGAUUGCUGUGUGUGAAGGCACUGCUGGCAGCUGGAGCAAGAGCAGACGCUGCCGACGAGAGCGGAAACCUUCCUAUUCACUUUGCAGCUAUGAUGGCGUGCUCUUGGACGCACGUCAGCAGCCUUGCGCCAGAGGGCGACCCGCACCCCUUCUACAAAAAGUCCAAGAAGCGGAGAGGUGGAAAAUGCUCCCUGCUGACGAUGACAGCGCUGCGUUCUGACAUGGCGUGCUGUUGUCCGGUCACAGUGGAGUCAGAAGAGCAUGAGGACAGGAAGAAAGCUGUCUGUGUGCUGUGUAAGGGGUAUGCGCACAGCUCCAAGAAGUGCGGUCUGUUGGAGGUCCGCAAGGUGAUAAAGGUGCUGAAGAAGGCAAGCCCAAAGAACAAGAAGAAUGAUUUGAACAAGACUCCGAAAGACUACUUACUAGAAGUGAUAGAGAAGGUGAAUUUCGGAGCUUCUUUGUUGGUGCUAGUCAACGUCUGUUUGAUCAAGGUGGAAGACUUUUGCAAGGAGAGGAAAUCGGGCAAAAGAUUUCUCGAAGCUCCUGUGAUGUUUGCUGUUGAUCUACUGGAAGUGACGCACAACGGCUUCAUUCAAAACUAA